GGAGACGCGUCCGCCGCGUUGCCCCCGCCCCUGGAGACGCGGCGCGGCCGGGCCGGGGCUAUGAAGCUGACGCGUAAGGCGGUGCUGGCCCGCGCCAAGGCUGCUGAGCUGGACAGUGUCCGCAAACUCAACUGCUGGGGCAGCUGCCUCACAGAUAUUUCAAUAUGCCGUGAACUACCAAACAUUGAAGUGAUCACAUUCAGUGUGAACAGUAUCUCCAGCCUGGAACCAAUGAGUCAGUGCCAGAACCUGAGUGAGCUCUAUCUGAGGAAGAACAGCAUCCUGAGUCUGAAUGAGCUCUUCCAUCUGAAAAGCCUGCCCCGGCUGAGGGUCCUGUGGUUGUCUGAGAAUCCCUGCUGUGGUCCAGACCCCCACCACUACAGAAUGACUGUGCUGCGAAACCUCCCCAACCUUCAGAAGCUUGACAACCAAGCUGUGACAGAAGAAGAAUUGUCACAGGCCCUGGUAGAUGGAGAGGAGAUCAUUGCACCCCCAGCUAAGCGAGUUCUGGAGAAUGGCUGCCCAGAGGCCAAUGAAUCAAGUACCACUGCGUGCACAACGGAGCCAAAGAGUGAACAUCUGAAUUUCACCCUGGAGGAGACAAACAAGAUUCGGGAGCAACUUGGCAUGAAGCCUGUUCCCAGAGAUAAAUUUUCCUCCUCGCCCAGGGAGACUGAUGGCAGCAGGAAGAAGAGGAACAACAUCCUCAGUGCUAUCCUGCUGCUCAUGAAAGAGCUGGACACAGAGGGCCUGGAAAUCAUCCACCAAACAGUGGGGAAGAGACUCCAAGCCUUACAGAAGAAGGAGCUUCAGGAAGAGCGAUAGUGCCCAUUGCAGAAUUCUCUAAAGCAGCCACUUUCUGGGGCCACAGAACCGGAACCAGACCGGCAGCACCAGUUCUGCCCACACGCACUUCAGGCUACAGUAAAAUCCUGUCUAGAGCCUGCUGCACUUUACCUGGGGUGGACUGGGAGGGGAUGGUACUAACCGUAGGAAGAAACCAACUCUUGUAACACAUGACAUCCCCCUUGGCUGUGCAUGCCAUGCCUGUGCUGGGAGCUUCUGAGCCAAUCUUGCAGCAUGCUUUCAUCCCGCAUAACAGGUUCUAUUAUGCUCAUAACUCACAGACUGCAUGGAUUCAGCCAUAACUCGGUGCUGCCCUAGGACUCACAAGGGAGUCAGAAAAAGGUGAUCUGGGGUAAAGCAACCGGUGAAGAAGGGAGGGGAAAGAUAGCUGUGCUUGUGCUGAUGAAAGGGAGCGGAGGAGAGACCUGCCCAGCAGCUACAAAUGCCAUUGCUAUUAGGCUUGUUCCAAGAGUGGCUUUAUCAGAGUAAUGCUUGGGCAAAGCCCUGUAGUUCCUUUUCUCUGCCUCUGGUAGUGUAGUAUCACAGCGAGGGCUUAUGCCAUGCCUUCAAGAGUGGGAGGAGACUGAAAGCAACUUCUGCCAAUAAAGAUGAGGUUUCACAGAAACAGACUUCUGAACGGACGUCCUAAAAAGAAUCACUCUCUUAAAUUUUUGGUGUAGUUUUGGAAGCUCAGUGUCAAACUGUUAGUUUAUUUUCAACUCCUACCCUUUCCUAGUCAGCAGCUUCUUGUCCAGUCAAAGGGGUAAACUCCAAAAAUUAUCUUGUUGCAACUGAGCCUAAAUUCAAGAUUCCAGGUGGUAAAUGACUCUCUCCUGUGUGCUGAAAUUUCUCUGCUUUCUGACCAUGGUAGCAAUUGAGACAAAAACAAGCUGGGACUGUUUGCUAGGAGAUCUGCCUAGACAGGAGGGUUGAAUUGUUCUUUACUGACAAGGCUGAACUUCUUAAAAGUGUACAGAACCAUUAAAUGCUAAAUAAAAUGCUGUCCCUAUUA